GGUGUGAGGGCGGAAGGCGCGGGAAGGGCAGCCUCGCUCCUGUUUCCCGGGACGGCGCGGAGCAGCCGGGGCUGAGCGGCAGCCGCGGUGCGGCGGGCGGGCAAUGGCGUGUGUGCAGGGCGGCCAGUAGACGGGCGGCGGGCCGGCGGCGCAGCAGAGAUGGAGAAUUUCUAAGGACAUCAUGGACAAAGGUGAAGGGAGCAGCAGUGCAUAUUAUCUUCAUGGUGAUCAAUUUCAAGAGGACAGUUUUGUUUCACCAGUGAAGACGGAUAAUGAAAACUCUGUGGACAUCUAUGAUGGCCUGGACACAGACUAUCAUGGUGGUGGACAGUCUGCUUCAUAUGAUAUUUCAGGAAAGAGUAAACCUGCUAAGGAUUGUUUCGAUUUAUAUGAGGAAAUACUAACGGAAGAAGGAACAGCAAAAGAAAUCUCUUUGAAAGAGUUUCAGGAGAAGUCGGUAGAGAGAGAAAGGAAAGUUGAAGAGUUGCUGCAAAAACUGCAUGAAGUUGAAACCAAGAAUUCCACUCUGUCAGAUGAGAACAUCCAGCUGAAAAAGAACAUAUCAGCGCAUAAAACUGCUCGUCAGGAAAUUAUCCGUAAGGAUGAAGAAAUUAAUAGGCUAAACAGAAGACAAUCAAUGAAUUGGAUUGGAAAUCCAUGUCUCCGUCGCUACCAUAAUCACUAUACUCAUCCCCCAGGAUCGUUCAAUGUUCCAAUCAUAUCACAGAAUGAUAAUACUUAUUCUAGACGCAACCUUCCUUGUCCGUCCAGAUCUGCAAAUGUUGAACAGUGUCAGCUCACUCCUCACUUAAAUGAAGAGGGAAAUUGUCCCCAAGAUGGACCACUUGGGUGUGGAAAUAACAUUUUGGAACCAAAGAACCAAUGUAAUUUACCAAGAAAUGCCAAAUCUCUUUCUAGCCCUCAUUCAAUUGUAGACAGAGAGCAUUGCAGCAAGUCUUCCUCACGUACAAGUACUGUACCACCUCAUAAACCAAAUAUCAUCAAGGAUAAAGCAGAACUGUUUCCUUGCAAGGAAAGGAGAGGAAUUGAGAAAUUAAAUGGAGAGGAUUCAGUUAGACAAGGAACUGUUGAAAAGUUACACAGUUCUGAGUUAUCAGACCCAGGAAAUAAAAACAAAGGACUCAGUUUUCCAGAAAAGAUUGAUAAACUUGGGCGAACUUCUCAGAGUACAAAAACACAUUCUGAAAUGAGAAGCACAGGUCGGCAUGGCCCAGAGAAAAGUUCAGACAAAAUCAGGCAUCGCCUUGGGCAGGACACACUUACUGUCUCGUCAGGAAACGGUGCAGAUUCAAAAGAAUCAAAAAGCCACGUUGAAAAGGAGAAAAGACAUAAAGAGAAGGAGACAAAAAAAAGUGACCCCAGAAGCAGAGAGCAGACAAUGGACAGAAGAAAGGAACAGAGAAGUAAUCGGGAAGAUGCCCAAGAAAAGCAAAGAGAUGACAGGUUAAGAAGUCGACCUUUUCAAAAGGAGAGAGAACCAGAGAGACGGCAUUCUGAAAAAAGAAGUGAGUCGUCUAAGUUGACAAGUCCUGCAAGCCCCUGCAAGAGUUCUCGUUGGAGCACUGGUGUGGCAGUGGACCACUCUUCCAGAGAAAGAAGAAAUCAAAAGACUGAGAGCAGGAGUUCAGGAAAGGAAAGAAGCACCGAGGUUAGCAGAGACCGAAGAAGUAAACAGUCAAAUAGGAAAGUGCCAGACGAAGAGACCGCCAAGGACAGUGUUAGACAGACUGGUAAAAGCGACAUCAGAAGCUUAAAAAAAGAUGAAAGUAGAAAGGAAAAGGGUAAAUCUGAACACAAAGAAAAUCGGAAAGACUACAAUAUUAACAGGCAUUCGUUACAGAAUGGAAGAGACUGUAUUGACAAGGAGCAUCGAAGUGAAAAAGACAAAACUAGAUUAUCUGAGGGAAAUGAAAGAAUGACAAAAGGACAUUGUACAGAAGAUGCAGUACAUGGCCACGGUUCCAGUAACUUACAGAGCCCGACAGAUGAACAAAGCUUAGUAAGAGACACUGAUCCCAAGCUGCAUUUUAUGGAAACAUUGCGGCUUACUGUUUCUCCUGUGAAGAGACCAUCUGCUGUUUCUUGUGAGGUGGAGGCACCAUGCACACAGGUGCUCAGUGAAGGUGAGGUGGUGAAGCAUGCUGACUGCUUGGCAUCUACAUCAGAGAAUACUGACUUCAGUAACAAGAGAAGCUCUGAGGAAGCUAGCAAAGAUCAAGGAAAGGACACAGACUCUGAAUCCACUGAGAUGCAGUUGGGAACACCUGAGGUUUCUGUGCCUCCAGGUAAUCAGGAUUCUAUAGUACUCAAAACACCUUCUGCCCUGCUAAAAGGAGAUGAAGUGGAGGAAGGCUUUGAAGUUAUAUUAAUGGAAGAUUCUGACCCGGUAAAGUUAGCUGAAAUUGUUGUGGAGACUGUUGGAACUGUGGAAGUUAUCAGCGAAGUGGUUGAAAACUCCACACCACUUGUGGAAAUUCUUGCCGAUGAGUGCUUGGAAUCUGUAGGAAAUCCAUCGGAGGCUGACAAGAGUGAACUAAACAAAACAUCCCAGCAGCUUAUGGAAGCUAAUCAUACCAUUGAUGGGCAAUAUGGGGGUUCAGAGUGCCCUGUUGAAACUGACAGCACAGUCAGCAGUGAAAACGUUGUGUCCCUCACUGGUGCUGGCAACCCUGGAGAUUCUGGUCAGCCUCUGGAUGUUGCUACAGUGGUUAUUGCACAAUUGCAUGAAAAUUCAGAGCCAGAUUUGACUGGCAGUGAAGUUCAGCAGACAACAGGCAGUGUGGUAGAUUCUUCAGCAGUUACCACACCAGUUAAAAAAUCUUGUGUACCUGUUGACCUGGAAGACAACUCCAUCCAAAGCAUUGAUUUCACCUAUAUUGGGUGCAUAGGUGCACUCAUCAGUCCUUUAACCAGUCCUCUACGUCCUGUCAGAUCUUCAGCGUUGGAGAAGUCAGGUACAUCUGCAGAGGGAGAUGUUGACAACAAAGAUAAAAGUUCUAAAGUGAAAAUCCAAGAUAGUUGUUCUCUGAGCAGUUGCACCUUGGAUUUAAAUAAAGAAAAUCAGGAGCCUUUGUGUAAAGCAAAAGUUAAAACCCUGGGGACUUCUGAAGAAAUAGAAGAAGGAGAAAUCAUAAGUGAUGUGGAUGAGUGUGUGCCUCAAGUGCUGAAACCAGCUAGUAACGUUGAAAUGGUGAAAGAGAGCAGCAAUGAAGAGAAAGAUAAUCCUGGUCAAAGCGCAAGUGAAAAGGAAACAAGACUGGCAAAUCCUGAUGAAUCUGCUGUAAAAUAUUCCUCUGAAGUAUUACCCAAAAUUAAAUCUGUUAAGAAGCAAGGAGAAUCAAAAGGUGUGCCAUCAAAACAAAAUACUGAAGGAUUCAAAAUAUCUUCAUUGAGUUCUAUGGAAAAAAAUCAGAUUAAAUCCUCAGUUACUGACUUAAUGGAAGCCCUAAUGGUCGCUCGAAAGAGCAUCCGAAAGAAAUACAUGAAGCUUCAUAAACAAUUUGAAAUCCGCAGGUUUAAACGAAUUAUUGAAAUUGCCAUUACGGAAUUCAUCUCUAUAGUUAAAAGGUCCAAAUUUCCAAAGUCCAGGCAACAACAAAAAAGUUCUAUCUGUGCAUUGAUUGAGACAGUACUAUCACAGGUUAAAUGCAAUGGGAUUGUAAACAGUAUUUUCUCACAACAGGCCCCAAACAUGAAAGAAAAACUGUGGCUGUUUGUGGAAAAGCAGUUUGAUUUUAUGUUUGACAAGGCACGUGAGACAUUCAUCUCUUGUGAGAAUAUAAGUCUGGAACUGGCCUUGGAAGAGGAAAGAAAAAAUGAGAAGGUGAUCAAAAGUAAGAAGAGAAAUGUAAUGGUUAAGCACAAAGCUGAUAAACCUUUAAAGCUGAAGAGGUCCCUCUCUUCAGAGCCAUCUUUGGCAAAUAAUGCUUUGGGCAAAAGGAACUUUGAGAAAAAGAAACUAACUACUGAUGGGAGCAGACAAAAAGGAACCACAUUGAACAAACAUACAAAGAAUUGCACUGAGCUUUCAGCUGGUGAUAUCUCCAAAGAAAAUUCUAGGCCUUCCACAAAAGUCAAAAACUUGCUGUCUGUGAAUCAGAUGAAUUCAAAUGCUUCAAGUGAUUCGCUGAUAAAUUCGAACUCUACUAAAGACUCCCAUGAGAAAACUGAACUUGGCAUACUGACAGAACAACAGGCCUCUACUCUUACUUUUAACCUGGUAAGCGAUGCUCAGAUGGGUGAGAUAUUCAAAUGUUUGUUACAGGGAUCGGAUCUGCUGGAGCAAGGGAUUUCGGCUUUGGAAUGUAAUUCUUGGCCUAUCCCAGAAAAGAUGCAUCCUGAUGUCAGCACACAUUUGCCUGGUGUUACUUCCACUUCAGAGAAAGCUCGUCUAGUGUCGCAGGGAGAUAGUAUUUCCUGGCCUCCUGUUACACCAAAUAAGCAUGCUGUUGGGUUAAGACCACCACUUAAUAUAGAUAUUUUGGAUGAAAGCUGUAUGCUAGAAAUUCCUGACAAGGUGGUACAAAACAAAGAUGCUCGGGUGAUCAGUCCACCUGAGGAUUCAAAUAAUCAGAAGAUAAUUGAAACAAAUUCAGUUCUACAAAUGCGUUCCUCCGUAUCCUCUAUUCUGAUGGAGGACCUGGCAGUUUCUCUUACGGUGCCCUCGCCUCUUAAAUCAGAUGGGGAAAUCAGCUUCUUAACCUCUCAGAAUGGAUUAUCCUUGCCUGGUGAAAUGAGUGAGGCCAUUUUGUCCAGCCAUUACAGUGAAAAUGCUGUCCUGGAUGAGGAGGAUGCUUCGGAGCAAGAUAUCCACUUGGCAUUGGAUUCGGACAAUUCCAGCAGCAGCUCCAGCAGUUCUUCAACAUGGAACAAGCAGAUGCCAGCCUCAGCUUUUCAGUAUCAUUGCCAUCCACCAAUGCAGGCUGUUGUAAUGGAAAAGUCAAAUGAUCACUUCAUCGUCAAGAUAAGAUGCAAGGCAUCCAACAGCAAUUCUCCACUGCAGAGCUCGCCCUCUGCUGCAGCGGUGAAGGAGAAUGAGACAUCCAAGUUGGGACUAGGUGGACAAACCGUUGUGGAUACCAUUGAUAAGCAGGCAAUAUUAUCCAGCAACAAUGUGCAAGAAGUGCCUGAAAGACAAGAUCAUGUAAUGUCCAAAUCAUUGCCUAAUCGCUCCCGAAUUGUGGAGCAUCCAGUAGGUAAAAGCAGAAGUACAGAGGAGUCCGGAAUGGAGGUCGAUAUGCAACCACCUCCAUCGGAGAAAGAUCAGCUAUCACUAACCAAAAACUGUACGGAUCAUGAACCAUCACUUGAAGCCCCCAGUGGGAAUACAAAACCUGAUGCAUUAUUGACUACAACAGCUUUGAAACCCAGUCCUAGUUCCGGGAGCAGGAAGAGGAAAUGUAAUGUGAAAGUGGAUUCCACUGAGAAAAGAGCACGCAAAGAAGCUGAGCCUUUGAAUGCCAGUAAGAAAAAUAAUAACAAAACCAAGACUAAAAGAAAAACCACUUCCUCAGCAAAGAAAGAUAACAAAAAGACAGCAGAUACGCCAGAGAAAACGAUGAGAAAACCUCGUCGGUCUACAGUAUCAUCACCAACCAGUCUAUCUGCUAAAAAUGUUAUCAAGAAGAAUGGUGAAGUUGUAAUUACAUGGACUAGGGAGGAUGAUCGUUCAAUAUUGUUGGAUUGCCAACAGAGAGGAGCAAAUGAAGAAACUUUUAGUUACAUAUCUAGAAAACUGCAUAGGUCCCCACGCCAGAUAUCAGAAAGGUUCCAUUGUUUGAUGAAGUUAUUCAAAAGGACAGAAAACAUGAAUAACUAAAUGCUUCUGAGAUUUACACUUGCUUUUCUGAAACGAUUCGGGGAAUUUUGGAGAAGAAACAUUUGAGCACAAGGAUUGAUGACAAAUAAUUCAAAGGCAGAGUGGUGGUCUGUCCUUUUUUUUUCAGUGAUCGUAUUUCUUAACAAUCAGUCUAUUUAGACCACACUUUGAAAUGGCAUGCACAUGUGAUGCAAGCACCCCUUUACCAGUUAUUAUUACCUUAUCAACUCAUGCCACCUGCCUCCCUCCUCCCCAACUUGAAAUGGUUCUACUGGACUGACUAUUGAGCGGUUCACAGUGUUCACUGAAACAGGUUUUAAAUGCCAUGAUUUGUUUCAUCUCUCUCAGUAGUGUGACGGAUGUGAAUUGCUUUAACAAUGUUGGCCCUUUUGUACAUUUGCCUACAUUACUGACAUAGAUGGCCGAUCUCAAUGCAUUCACUGCGGUGUGCUGUCAGAUUAUUAUAGUCUGUAAAGUAUAAAAUGUGUAUUUGUACAUAAAUCUGUUAAUACAGUUUAUAUUUUUAUGUGAAUAACUUUGAAAGCAGGUUUGGAACUUUCUGAAAUUGCUUGCACUCACAGCUGUUUUUUUAUAGAGUUGGUAAACAAUGCUGUAAAUUUGUUAAUAUUAUAAAUACAAGUUUUUGAAAUUUACAUAAGUUGUCUUAAGUAUGUUUCAGACUGUGAAGACUAUUAUAAUUUAUUUUUGCUAGGUUUCAAUGUGAGAAGUAAAAGCUGCUUAAUUUGUGUUUGUUUCUUUUGUAUCACAUCCAGAAUGUUUGUACUGCUUGAAGAUGAUGCAAGUAUUAUUGUCAUUUUCUUAUUGCCUUGCUUGGAUUCAUUGCUUAAAUACAUUCUGUACAUAAUAGCUUUUAUUAUUUUUAUCUUUUUUCUGGGAUGAGAAGUACAAAUUUGACUCUGUGGUAUUUUCUAAUUAGAGUGAAUCCAUUAGAUGAGGAAUGGAAUAUUAUGCUGUUGGGUACUAUG